GCGCAGCGUGGAGCCGACGAGACGGCGGGGCUAGAGAGGCCGUCCCGACCGCGCACCCCGCCGGAAGCGGCUUGUUCGGGCCUGAGCUGGCGCUACGAAGUUCCGGUCCAGGUCUCUUACUUCGGGAUUGUUCGCUGCGGCGUCGUAGCCGAGCCGGACUGGUCAGGAUGAUCACGGACGUGCAGCUCGCCAUCUUCGCCAACAUGCUGGGCGUGUCGCUCUUCUUGCUUGUCGUUCUCUAUCACUACGUGGCCGUCAACAAUCCCAAGAAGCAGGAAUGAAAGUGGCGCUUUCUCCGCCCCAGGGUUCCAGGACAUAGUCUGAGGCAAGAUGGAGGGUAUGAGGGGCCUUCACACUUCACUUCAUCCCUUCUACCCAUCACAACAUACAAAGCAACUACACCUGGAUUUUUCCAAACAACUUUUAUUUCCUCAAAGUCUUCCUUAAUCCUAUGGAACAAGAAGCUGCCACUGAAUAGGGCCCAGUAUAGGGGCUUGUUUUUCUACUCCCUCCUCCCAAUAUAAAAAUGUAGACAUUU